AAUACGGCCGUACGAGUAUUAUACCAUUGGCGAUCAUGCGUAUUUUCGUUCACUGAAGAACAUCACCGUCUUCGUCUUCACCCGCCGCCGCCAGCCGCAUCGCCCGCCGAAUGUCGCUGGUCGAAUUGGUCUUUAGCAGCGACAGUGCCGCCGCCCGUUCGCGUACCCCGUUAUCGCUGUCGCUCGGUGACGAUUUUUGUCACUUAUAUUACGAUUCAGUUUCGUAGUGGUGUGCCUUAGCACGGGUUUUCCGUUAUAGGAAAUCUUGCUGCACAACUGGAAUGUCUUAUUGAAUUUCAGAGAACAUUUACUCUGAUAAAUGUUAGAUAUGAAUCAGUUAAAAGAUGGAAAAAACGGUCGACCUGACAUUCAAGAAAUCUUGGCUAGAAUGAAAACUCGUUUUAUCAAUGAAGCAGAUUCUGAUAAUGAAGAAUACGGAGACGAAGAUGAAUUUGGAACGACAAAUGUUGUUAAUAAUGACAUUAAAGAUAUAGAAGUUGAAAAAAGUCCAGAUGAUGAAAUUGCUGAACUUAUGCUCAAGCUAAAUGGCCAGGUAGAUGAAGAACUGGUAGCUAGUAUAAGAUCUCGGAAAAAAAUGUACGAAACUCAGCCUGAGGCAGACAGUACAUCAUCAACAACACCCGAUAUAAAAGUAGAACCAGAACAACCUGAACUCAAACCAAGAAUAAUUCUUACUUUGAGAACAAAUGAAAAUAAGCCGGAUUCAUACGUAAGCUCAAGUAAUCUUACAGAUUAUAGCGUGGAGAGUUCUGUGAAAAAACCAAAAUCAAACAAUGCUACUGUUGAAACUGUUGUACCACUUAAAAGAUCUUCAAGAAGGUCUACUGAUAGCAGUCAAUCUGUUUUAAAAUCGGCUAUUGCUCGAAAAGAAAAAACAUUUAAUAUUGAUACAAAUUCCAAAAAAAAGUUACCUACAAAAAUUAAAAAAGAACCAGCCGAUGUGGUUGAAGAUCCUACUCCUAUUAAAAUAGAACCAAUCGAAGAUAAUUUAGCUAUUGAAGAUUCAAAAGUCAAAGAAAAUUUCCCAGACCAAAGAAAAAGAAAGAAAAAGUUGUUUAGGGGAGGGAGGUAUAAUAUAUUUAAAAAAAAAUCUCAAAAAGAUCGUCAAAGGACUAUUAAAAAAGCUCUGGGUAAUACCAUGAACUCUGAUACAGCUUCUUUUGAUACAUCUGAAACAUACUCUGAUAGACAUUCUAUAUCAGUUUGUAGCGAUUUCGGUACAGUAUCCAAUGAUAGAAUUUAUCAGGAUGAUGUGGAUAGUAGUACACUCUCAAAUGUUGACAUAGAAGAUAAUAAAACAAAUGUCUUUAAUCAAAUUGCACGAGAUCAUAAUAAGUUUUGUUUAUGUGAUAAACAUGUACAAGUUGUAGUGAUUGAUGAAGGUAAAAUGUUAUGUGAAGCUGAAGACUGCGUUGAUGGUAGACUAAUAGCUUGUACAAGUUUAGCUUGCCAUCUCGACGAAUUAGGACACAUGCCCAUGUUAAGAGCUCAUGUUGCAUUGCCUUUUGUAACUUUAUGUAUACAUCACAUGAAACGAUUUAUUUUACAUCAUAGUUGUCCACGUUGUGGAAGGUUUUGUUCAGAGGGUAUAUUUAUGGUGUGUAACAAUGGGCACUUUUUUCAUAUCGGUUGUUACCUUAAAGACCAAGGAUGUCUCCAUUGCGGAUCCUCUGAAGUACACGAAUUAGAACUACGCAAGUUUGUUGUUAACAAAUUGAAAAACAAGCACAGACGCACUACACCAAACUGUAUAUCUGUUCAAGUUGGGCGACAAAAAUUGACUACAGAAAAUUGUCCUCCGGAAAUAAACUCUUAUGAAUUAACUAAAUAUUUACAAGGACUUCAGGAAGAAAUGUAUGAUUCUAGCCGAAUCAUGUAUCCAAUUCAAAGACUUUAUCAAGCAUGUGAAUUUAAUGAUAUAGAAAAAGUAUUAUCAAUAUUGGGCGCAGGUGGUAAUUCUUCUUAUCAGUUUAAAGAUCAUAAUAAUCGAACUGCAUUACAUGUUGCAAGCAUGUACGGUAAUCCAAUGCUUGUAUAUAUAUUAUUACAAGCUGGCAAUGAUCCAAAUCAUACUGAUGAUAAAAUGAAGACCCCCGUAAGACUAGCUGCUAAGUUCGGUCACAUAAAUGUUCUUCAAUUACUUCUGAAACAUAAGGGUGCUCCUGAAAUUAAAGAUUUUCAAGGCAUGACAUCCCUGCAUUUAGCAGCUAAACACGGUCGAUUGGAAUGUUGCCGUUUGAUAGUAGAGAAACAUUCAUCCAUGAUAAAUUGGAUAGACAAUGGUGGAUGGACUCCUCUCGUGUGGGCGUGUGAAAAUAGCCACACUGAUGUUGUCAAAUUCUUUUUAAGUUAUCAUCCCAAUACGAGAAUAGCUGAUGAUGAAAACAACGUGGCUUUACAUUGGGCAGCUAUUUCUGGAUGUUUGGGUGUAGUGCAAGCCUUGGUUGAAUAUGAUUCUGAAGUCAACAUGGUCAACGAUGCUGGUGAUACUGCACUUCAUAUAGCGACUCGAAAAAACGCCACAGACAUAGUUUUGUUUCUUUUGGAGCAAGGAGCCAUGGCCUAUCAUAGAAAUAAAAGCAAGAAAAGACCUAUAGAUUACUGCCUACCAAAUACCAAAUGUUAUAAUUUAUUAAAAAGCGUUCCACCAGAACAGCGUAAAUCGAUAUCUGUUAAACCUCUUGCUAGUUCUAAGCGAACCGAUUCAACUAUGGAGACAUUGCUUCAAAGCGCCAAUGCGUAUGUGAAAAAGACUCCUGUUAUUGUAUCAGAAGAUAUAACGCAUGGGUGCGAGGAAAUCCCAAUUAAAUGUGUAAAUGAAAUUGAUGACGAAGUACCAGUUGAUUUCACUUAUAUUAAAGAAAAUUGUUACGAUGUUGGGAAUUAUGUCGAUUCAGCUAUGUCUCAUAUAGCUAGCUGUAUUUGUGAGGGAGCUUGUAAUACAAACGCAUGUAAAUGCGUACAGGCUAAUGGCGAUUGUUUGUACGAUGAAAACGGACGCCUAAAUUCUGAAUUUGAUUAUUUUAAUCCAAGUGUUAUUUUGUACGAAUGCAAUUUACGUUGCAAAUGCCAUAAACAACGUUGUGGCAACAGAGUAAUUCAAAAAGGGAUCAAAGUGAAACUAGAGUUGUACAGACAUAAAGGAAUGGGAUGGGGAGUUAGAGCACGACAACUAAUACCCCGAGGAACUUUUGUGUGCGAGUAUGUUGGGGAAAUAAUAACGGACCGUAAAGCUAACCGAUUAAAAGAAGAUUCUUAUUUGUUUAACUUGGAAAAUCCCGGCGCUACUGAAUUAUACUGUAUAGAUGCCUUAAAUUAUAGCAACGUGGCUCGAUUUAUUAAUCAUUCUUGCGAUCCCAAUCUGAUGUCAGUACGAUCUUUUAUCAACCACCACGAUAAACGAUUUCCCAGGAUAGCAUUUUUUGCCGUUCAAGACAUCCCAGAGUCUGAACCGUUGAGUUAUGAUUAUGGAACUGCGUUUUGGAAAGUCAAGUCAAAACUUUUUACAUGCAAGUGUGGCAAAUCCAACUGUUGUUUCUCGGAAGAGGCAAUAAAAAACUUACAAAUAGAUUCAGACACCGAAGAUAUGGAAUAUGACGAAAGCAAUGAUUAUGAUUUAAGUGAAAUGUCUGGCGAUGACUCGUUAAGUCAAAAUAUGACUGGUUUAGUAGAAUUUAAUGACAGACAAUUAUCAGAACAUAGUGGUUUGUUUGUAAGUUCAUCUAGUAGUGGGCAUUGGUCCAAUAUUACCAAAAACAGUGUUAACGAUCCCAACGAUCUUGCUGAAACACAUAAAAAUGGAUUAAUACAGCUAACUAAACAGAGUUUUGCUAAAAUAGUAAAAAAAGAAGAAGAUGCUCUAAAAACAACAUCAAAUAGGUUUUUGGAAGUAACCGAUGGCCUGCAAAACAAAUUCCUCGAAUCGCAAUUCAAUCAAAAUAAGUUACUGAACAGCAAAACGAGUACAGCUUUAGGUAAGAAAGUAUUAAUCACUAAGCUAAGACCUGCCAUAAGAGACCCACGUAUUAAGGAUAAUAAUACAGAGUCUCAGAUGUCGAGUAAUGUCUUGACAACAUGUGUGGUGAGGCCUCACACCUCAAUAAAAGACCCUCCUGGUAGUAUUAAAAUUGUUCCAAAACAAAUAAUGCUCAAUUCGAAGAGUAUUGAUUUUGGAUAUCAAAAUGUGUUCAAAAUAUCAUCCGUCAUGUUGGGUAAUAACAGCAGCAAUAGCAGUAACAGUAGUAGCCGAAAAAUUGUAGAAGAAACAAAACUCUGCGAAAAAUAUGUUGAAAACAUUAAAUCCAAUGAUGGUAUUGGCCAGGAGUCCGAAACAGAAUUGAUUGCCAUCAAACAAGAUGAAGAUGAUUCUAAUAUGUCUGCUGUAAUCGAGUAUCCAGAUGUAAACACUGGUAUGGCUUUCGAUUAUGAUGAUGGUUACAAUCCAGAACAUUUUGAUCAUAUUGAACAGGGCGAAUGGACAACAUCUGAGGCUUCUUCAGACGAACUUGUAUAGUCCUUCGCAACAAUAUCACUAAUUAAUUUAUCUUAUUAUUAUUUAUUUAUUCUUGGGUAGGACUAAUUUUGUAAUUGUCCUCUGAUCAUUGAAUGUUCAAAACCUUUUGCACAAAAUUUAUUACUUAUUACUGGCAGUUUAAUAAUGUUUAUUUUUGAUCAUUAAAGGGGUGUAUUAAUUUCUGACUGUACGUAAAUGUUUUUUUUUUUUUAGAAUAAUGUACUGAUUCAGUCAGCAUGUAAAAAUAAUUAAACGUUAUUAAUUUGUUAAUUACAAUAUUCUAUAUUCUAUAUUUGGCUAUAAAUAAGUAGCAUUAAAAUGUACAAAUAUUUCUAUAUGACUGAAAAACAAUUUAUGAAGUUGCUUAUUUAUGCAAUAUGGAAGAACUGCAACUCUAGUCAUUUGUCUUCCUAUUUCUAGUAAAAAUUAUUUGUAAAAAAAAAAAUACAAAUAAGUUAUAAUUUAACUUUAAUUUGUAUGUCUUUAGAAUAACUGUUUUAUAAUAACUUGCCCUU